UCUGGUUCGAUGCCGAUGCAGAGGAGCCAAUGGGCUUGUGGCUGUUGUACUUUCCUGAACGCAGCCGGCGCCCCCCGCUGCUCUAUCUGUGAAGCCCCACGGCUAAUACCCGACAGCCGGUGGAUGUGGCCUGGGGACAGCAGGGAGGACGCCCGCUGGUCCUGCCCACGGUGUACACUGGCUAACCCCCCCAACAGCCUGGCCUGCUCCCUCUGUGGCUUCGCCGGCUCGCAGGACCGACCCCGGAGCUCCUCUGAACACCAGCCUCGGCCCCGGCGCUCCAGCAGCUGCUCGGGGCCCCUGAGGACGUCGAGGAUCGAGCCGUCCCGGCAGCAGAACAGGACAUUUCCAGGAGACGCAGCUGAACGCAGCCUGAUUUGGGAGUGUUUGAGGUGCACUCUGCAGAACACCCCCACCUCCAUGUCCUGCUCUGCCUGUGGGGGCCCACGCAAACUGUCCCUCCCCCAGAUUCCUGCUGAGGUUCUGCUCAGACCUGAAGUCUGCGAUCCAACAGGAACCCACCAGCCUGAGCCUGCAGCCGGGGCGCUCUCCCUUUCCAUAUCAGCCAGAGGAGACAGUUUCCCUGUGGAGGACUCGGGGCUCAGUGCUUCAUCUUCAGCUCAUAACAAUCCAGUUCCCUGCAGUCGCAGAGAGGUGCCACCUCCAGAUGUGUCCCUCACUCAAGCACAGAAUGUGAGUCCUUCUCCUUCAACUCUGGCAGUUUCUGAUCUGUGCGCCCAACCAGAGCUGCUGCCCGGCCGGCGACUCAGCGUCCUCAAGGAGGAGAUGUCCCCAGUGUCUCCUGCGUCCGACGGCUCCGGGGCGUUUCCACCCUGCGUCCUCUCCGUCAACCGGACCGAGGACUGGACAUGUCCCGCCUGCACUCUCAUCAACAAGGUCCAGGCCAAGCACUGCCUGGCCUGCCACACCCCUCAGGGACACGCCCCCCAGCUCAGACCAGCGGCGUCCGCGAGGAGGAAGGAGAGCGUGAUGGUGGAGGCGCUGAGACAGAGUGAUGAGGGGGAGGCCACGGAGCUGUGGGAGAACAUCAUCAGCUUCUGUAGGGAGAACGCGGUGACCUUCGUGGACGAUAGUUUUCCUCCCAGUCCGAAGUCCGUUGGAUUCCCGACGGACGACAACGUCCAACAUCGGGUCAAAAAGUGGCUCCGCCCCCAGGAGAUCAGCUGCAGCAGCGUCAGAGAGCGGGGGGUGAAGUGGUCGGUGUUUCGCACGCUUCGCCCAUCUGACAUCCUGCAGGGACUUCUGGGUAACUGCUGGUUCCUGAGCGCCCUCGCGGUUCUGUCCGAACGUCCUGAUCUGGUGGAGAAGGUGAUGGUGACCCGCUCGCUGUGCGCAGAGGGAGCCUAUCAGGUGCGUCUCUGCAAGGACGGCUCGUGGACCACGGUGCUGGUGGACGACAUGCUGCCGUGCGAUGAGACCGGGCACCUCCUCUUCUCUCAGGCUCAGAGGAAGCAGCUCUGGGUGGCUCUGAUAGAAAAAGCUCUGGCCAAGCUCCACGGCUCCUACUUUGCUCUGCAGGCAGGUCGGGCCAUCGAGGGCCUCUCCACGCUGACCGGGGCCCCCUGCGAGUCUCUGGCCCUCCAGGUCAGCGCCACCAACCCCAAAGAAGAACCCAUCGACACGGACCUGAUCUGGGCCAAGCUGCUGAGCUCUAAAGAGGCAGGCUUCCUGAUGGGGGCGUCGUGUGGGGGAGGCAACAUGAAGGUGGACGACGCACAGUACGAGUCCCUGGGUCUACGUCCCCGACACGCCUACUCCGUCCUCGACGUGCGAGACGUCCACGCUCACAGAUUACUGCAGCUGAGGAACCCGUGGGGUCGAUUCUCCUGGACGGGGCCGUGGGCCGACGAUUGGCCCGACUGGCCUCCGCACCUGAAGAGGGAGCUCUGCACCCAGCGAGCCGAGGACGGCCUGUUCUGGAUGGACUUCUGGGAUUUCAUCAGGUACUUUGACUCAGUGGAUAUCUGUAAGAUUCACUCAGACUGGCAGGAGCUCCGGGUUCCAGGAGCUUUCCCCCGAGGAGCCGACGUCCCGGUGAGGGCCGUGUCCCUCACGGUGCUGGAGCGAUCAGCUGUGGAGCUGGCUUUGUUCCAGCAGGGCAGCAGGCGAUGGGACACAGCGGAGAGCCACCUGCUGGAUCUGUGCCUGUUGGUGUUCCGAGUGGCCUACAGCAGCUCGGGCGGCCUGGCGCUGGGUCGCCUGCUGGCUCACAGCCGGCGCUCGGUCCGGAGGUUCGUGGGCUGCGACGUCAUGUUGGAGCCGGGCGAGUACGCUGUGCUCUGCUGCGCCUUCAACCACUGGACCAGCUCCACCACAGAGGGGACCAGUAAGCAGACUGGGAACGAGGCAGAUCUUCUGUGUCGAGCAGGAACAACCUGGAGAAACAAGCUGGGCAGAUGCAGAUCUGAGCCGCCUGGUUACACGCUCGCUGUCUACAGCUCCCGGCUGGUGAUGGUGGAGCAGGUGACGGCCUCCAGCACCACCAUCGCCGACGCCAUCAUCCAGCUGACAGAGACCAGAGGAGAGAGGCACGAGGGUCGGGAGGGGAUGACCUGUUUCUACCUGACCCACGGGUGGGCGGGGCUCAUCGUCAUGGUGGAGAACAGACACCCCCGACAUCACCUGCACGUGUCUUGUGACUGCAGCGACAGCUUCAACGUGGUGUCGACCCGCAGCAGCCUCCAGACCCUGGACAGCAUCCCUCCCCUGCACAGGCAGGUGCUGGUGGUUUUGUCUCAGCUGGAGGGAAACGCUGGAUUCUCCAUCACACACAGACUGGCUCAUCGUAAAGCCAUCCAGGCGUCUCUGGGGAACUGGAGUCCUUCGAAGGCGAUUCACAGUCCAGCUCUGAGCCCAGAGACAGCAGGUCUGCACCAGCCUCGCCCACUCUGACCAGUGAACUCCUCCACUUCAGAGCUCAGCCUCUGAAGAGGACGUCUGCUUGCCUCAUUUGACUCUUUGAUGGAAAACAGGAGUAAGUUUAUUCCAACAAAGAGAUCAUCACGUGUAGUGAGUAGAAAGACUUCAGUCACAUGUGGUUUCACUCCCAGUCUGAGCUGCUCUGAGGCAGAAGAACUCAAUGAAACACUGGAAUCCUCCUUUAGAGGAGACACAUGCUGAUCAUUUUAAAUGAUCUUCUGUCAAAUGUUCAGAAAACAUCGCGUUCCUCAGACUGUCCAUCGCUGCAGCUCCUCUUUCAGCCUCUGUCUCAAACACUUGGUUUCAGGAGCUUCAGAACUUUUACUUUUAAACUAUAGGAAAGAAAAAAACAUCACAUGUUUCCUUCAAGUGAGAAAUGAGAUGAUUUAUGUUCUGUCUGAGAGCGACUCCGCCUCAAGCUCCGCCUCCAGCUCCUGUGUGCUCCACUAACAGAAGCUGCUGGUCCCAGUGACAUGAAGAUUGUUUACAACAUGUCGGACACUUGACUGAAGUUUAGUUUGGAGAUGCAGCACAGACCCACUGUGCGACUGCAUUCGCACUUUACGAACUUUAAACUCUGCUGGAUUCUUCUGGUUUUAUUGAAGAGACUUUCAAACUUGCACAAUGGGCACAAACAUUUUAUUUUCAUGAAAACAAUACAAUCAUCAUGUUUUCAGAGGGAAGAUGGAAAAACUAUGCAAAUGUUUGAAAGUUGUCUUGAUGUUUCGUCAAUUAAAAUAUGUGCAGCUAUUUAAUAGAAUUUAUGUUGCUAUCCUUA